GAAUUAGAAAAAUGCAAGAACCGUUUCGCAUUUUCCAAUUGACAAUGCCCAAAUAAUUACUACACUUAGCAUUUGGCUGUGAAAGAAUAUGGCGGAACGUGACAAUUCAGUCAAUGGUCUUUUACUUCUACAUCCGUUGUUAAAUUUUGCGCAUCCCCAUCCAUCGUUUUUUCUUCAAUAUAUAUAUAAAUUGCCGGUAUUUUCUCUUUGAGGAGGUGAUGAGUUUCUUUACCUCGUUUGAAGGAGUUGUGUACUAGCAUAUGUAUAUGGCAGUUAUUUGUUAACGGGAACACUAGAUGGCACAGCAAACUCCUGAUUUAUGCUUGUCGCAGUAGUUGAAGAAUGAGCGCCAUUAGAAAGGAAUAUAGAAAAUUAGCAGUAUACGUGAAGCGUGAAACCGCAACUGAAGACAGUAGCUAUACUACUACUAAAAAUGCAUCAUCGCCUACAGGUAGCAACAGUAGCUCGAACAAUAACAACAAUAAUGGCAAUAGCAACAACAACAAUAACAAUAAUAACAGUAAUGGCAAUGGUAGCUACAACAAUGGCAGCAAUGGAUAUAACAACAGUGGGUACAAUAACAACAACAACAACAACAACAACAACAAUAACCAUAACGGUUACAAUAGCAAUGGUGUCUCUCACGGCUCUUACGGCUCUGAUGGCUCUAACAAUGGCUAUAACAACAAUAAUGGCAACGGCUACAGUCCUUCCUCUAAUAACAACAGUAAUGGAUACAAUAACAAUAACAAUAACAACAGCGGCUAUAAUGGCGGAAAUGGUGGCAGUACAGGUUAUAGCGCUGAUUCCGGUAUGAACAGUAACAAUAAUAUUAACCAUAACGGCUAUGGCAGCACCACCAACAACGUUCCUGUCAAUAACAAUAAUAAUAACAACGUGCCUUUCAAUGUCAACAAUAACGGUUAUAACAACAAUAACGGCGCUAAUGGCGGUGGCUACAACAACAAUAAUGCUAUGGUCCCGGGACAUGAUUAUGAAAACCAUCAAGUCGGUGCUUCUGCGGAGAGCAAAGUUCUUAUUAUCGUUAUUUCUGUGCUUUGCGGUGUAGCCUUGUUGACUGCGGUUGGGUUAUUCUUCUUCUGUCGAAAGAGACGGGAGAAGAAGAAGGAAAACAUGGCCAACGCCUUUUUUGAGUUCUCCGCUGAUAAAGCUAGUGAUAAAACUUCCAAAGCAGGUGCCUUUAAGAAAAAGUUCCAAUCUUCGCCUACAAGCACACUUUAGUUCUUCUUCGCUAAAUAUAUCCAUCUCCACAGCGACCUAUCUCCCUUCCUUUUGUACUUUAACAUCCUUUAUAUAAUACGUAACAAUUCCCCUCUUCGUUGUGACAAAAGCCUUUUUUUUUCUUUCUCAUUUUUGAAACACACUUUUUUUUCAUUUUUAACUCGCUCAUCAUCAAUACAAGACGGGCUUUGAUUGUUUAGCAACUUAGAAUAAUUAAUGCCUUCUUCCAUUCUACUUUC